AUGCACAGUGGAAGCGAGUUCAAAUCAUCUCCUCCAAGUCAUGAGAUCUUCAAAUAUCUGGUGCCAUUACUAUUUGCCCUCGUCGCCACGAAGUAUCAAGCCAAAAAUGAGGAUCCAUUUGAAGCACACCCGAUAAACAUGUGGUGCUUCGUUAUAGCCACAAUCAUCUAUAGCAUUGCAUUGGGAAUAAGGAAACAAAAUAAAAUCUGUGUUGCAAAAUACUUGCAAAUCAUAGACCAUGUUAUUCUCAUCUCUGGAGCUCUUUCUACUGUCUCAUUACUAUCGGUCCUUCUCCCACGCUUCCUCGGGUUCUUGAGUUUUGCUGUAAUGCCAUUUGUGCUAAUAAUAAUAGCAUGGAAUAAACUAAAACAUGGAUUUGGCUGGCUCUAUGACAGAGUAACCAAUCAGUUUACCUUCAUUCCAGAUAUUCGGAAUUGGUCCACCCAAGGCAACGUGGCAGCGCAGCCAAAUCCAUUGCCACAAGUGCUGGUGGAUGUUUGGGAGGGUACCCAAGAAAAGUGA